CUCCCGCUGAAAGCAUUUAAACGUGUUCCUCCCGCGAACAUGGAUAGGGGAAAAUGUGCCCCAAUGGCAGUUGUAGGCUCCAGGGGUUCAGCCCGUAUAAACCCAUUCAAUGAUCGUGCUAGCUGCUACCCACGCUGUUAUUUAGCCAUGGAGAAGGCUGUGAGUUCAUUACAAGAGCAAGCUUUGAAAAGGAAAGAAAGGUUAAAAGCUCUAAGAGACCGGCAACUUCAAGGGCGGGCACCUGAGGAUGGAGAGCCUGAAGGCAAAAGAGCUCUAGAGGAAUCUGAAGCAGAAGAGAGACACCGAGAGCUGAAGCUGAGGAAUUACACCCCAGAGGAUGAAGAGCUGAAGGAGAGACAGGUGCCCAAAGCAAAACCGGCAUCAGUGGAAGACAAGGUCAAAGACCAGCUGGAAGCCGCAAACCCAGAGCCUGUGAUUGAGGAAGUGGAUCUGUCCAAUCUUGCCCCAAGGAAACCAGACUGGGAUCUGAAGAGGGAUGUUGCCAAAAAGCUUGAGAAAUUAGGAAGACGAACACAGAAAGCCAUUGCUGAACUCAUACGUGAACGGCUUAAAGGCAGCGAAGAGGAGCUUGCAGGAGUGGUUGGAGCAGUUGGCAUUGAAGAGGGAGACUCGGAUUGAGUCUAUGUUGGAGAAUGAGUUCCUGCACAACAGAUUAGAUUUUUUUUCACAGUUUUUCAGACUUAAUCCGUGUGUGUAAAAUCGAAAUCUUAUGCUGAGCUCAGCAUGCUUACAUGAUUACGCACACAACCAGAUCAGGUGUUACAGAGAGAAGACACCGAAAUAAUUAGUAAUGUACAGGUGUUUUUGAGAAAACUGUUAUGUUUUGUUUGCGGAAUAUGAACGUCAUUUUUUACUCACAAGUAAACGAAAUCUUUCCCUUUUCUAAAUAGACUUAUGUAGUCUUAUUUCUGCCUCUUUGGCCCUUAUGAUCAACAUACCUUCUAACAGCAGUUAUCUUUUUUUUAAUUUUAACAGAAGUUGAAUGCUGUUAAAUAGUGGGUAGAUUCACAUUGUCAUGUAUAAUUGUCAUUAGUAUUCCAAUUAAAUGAGAGAUUCCAAAAUCAGACAGAAAAGUGAGGAUACAGAACAUUAUAAAGCAAGAGAACAGUACUUAUGUCCAAGCAGCUAAAACUGCAGUACAUCAUUUUGGUUUUCAUUUUAUUUCAUUAACUCAUCAUUUAAAAUAUAAUUUUUUAAGUUACAAUAAAUUAGCUUGAGUGCUUUACCCAAAUGUCCAAAGGGGGUUUUUAAAUCAAUCUCCAUUAAGUAAUAUAUCAAAGUCCUUUUUAAGAUUUAAAAUGAUUCUGCCAUGAUUUAAGAGAUUUUCAAACAAAAUUGAUCAAUGUGAAAUGUGUGGUUAAUCAAGAGUAGAGUUAUGGCAAAAUGGUAGAGGCUCAACUAAUUUCAAAAGCCAAAAAAAAUCAGCCUGCACAUUUUUUGGUUAAAUGACAGGUUAUACUAUGGACAAAGCAGCUACAGUAGUUUUGCAUUGAAAGCACAAAUCUUUGACAAUAAUACCUCCCACAUUAACUUUGCUAGAACUAAGAAGCCAAAUGACACAUCAAACAUAAGCUUGUCCUAAACAUUACAAGAGGUUAAUACAAAUGCAAUGUAAUGUAUUUAAAUAUAUUGAUAUUAUAGUGUUGUCUUACUAGCCAUUGGUUGUAAAUUCACAAUUACUCAUGGAAGUAUACAUUGUUUAAGAGUGAUAGUGUGAAAUAGUGUCCAGCACAGGAACUUUCAAUUUCAAAUAAAUAAAAUGAGAUGUUCAACCACUAAGAGGCGCUAUUGCGUUCAAAGCCUGGGUGCAAGCAAACUUCUUCCAAAUGCUGAUCUCAUAUAGAUGGAUUUGAACUCAAUGUUUUCCACAUGUCCUUUACACCUAGUAAAUGAUUAAGGACACAUUUGCUAGUUCCAGGGCUACACCCACAGUGCAUUCAGAUUUUUCCCAUUUUGUUAUGUUGUAGCCUUAUGCCACAUACAUCUAAACCCCAUACCCCAUAAUGACAAAGAAAAAAAAAAGAAAAGAUUUUUGAUAACUUUGCAAAUGUAAUAAAAAGAAAAACUGAAAUAUCACACUGGCAUAAGUAUGCAGACCCUUAACUCAUUCCUUAGUUGAAGUACCGUUGUCAGAAAUUACGGCCUCAAGUCUUUUUGGGAAUGAUGCGACAAGCUUUGCACACCUGGAUUUGGGGAUUUUGUGCCGAUCCUCUCAAGCUCUGUCAGGUUGGAUGGGGACCGUUGUUGGACCAUUUUCAGGUCUCUCCAGAGAUGUUCUAUUGGGUUGAAGUUCGGGCUCUGGCUGGGCCACUCAAGGACAUUCACGGAGUUGUCCCUAAGCCACACUUGCGAUGUGUGCUUAGGGUCAUUUUUCUGUUAAAAGGUGAACCUUUGGCCCAGUCUGAGGUCCUGAGCACUCUGGACCAGGUUUUCAUUAUGGAUAUUAGAGGUCGACCGAUCUAUCGGUUUUGCCGAUUAAUCGGCACUGAUAACGAUUUCUGGAACUAUCGGUUAUCGCCACAAAAUCCACACUGAUAAUUCCCAUCCAUUGUGUCCGGUGCUGGAGCAGCUGGGAAGGGCGCACUGUCAUUAUACAAUAGGAGAGCGGCCUCUAGAGGCGAAAUAAAAACUAUCACUGACGCCUGGUGGUGGUGGUUUUGACACGCUAGACUGCACGAUGAAUGAAGCUGAACACUGCACGGAGCUGAACAAUGCAGAUUUAAAACACCAACAACAAAAAGGUAUGUAUACAGUACAUGUCAUAUUAUUAUAAAGUAAUUAAUUUAUUGAAUAGAUGCUACAUUAAUAGAGAACAGCAGUAUGUUAGUGGACCAGGCUGAGAGGACGCUAACAUUAAAGACAACCUCAAGCGGUUGGAACAAUGUGACAAAAAACGUCCUUGAGUCCUAGCCAAAUGUUUAAAUAAAAUGUAUUACCAUCUAUUUGCAUUAGUUUAUAUCCAGCCACCUUUAUGCUUUAGUCAGCUAAGUUAUAUAUUUAAAGGCAGUGAGAGAUUUGAGAAAUAUAUUGUCAAGAGAAACGUAUAAACAAAUCAGAAACGCAUCUGAUUUUAAUAAUUUUUUUUAUCCUCACAUUAAUACGCAUUUUUUAUAAUUUUUAUUAGAUAAUCACGUGAUCGGUGUGUGUGACGAGUUUCUUUGAGAAUUUAAACGAGCAUAACAGCGCAAAAUACAAAUAGAAAUAUCACUGAAUCUUGAAAGUGUUAAAAAAAAAAGCAUAAGACGUUGCAAUACACUAGUUUGCCCUAGUUUCACAUUAAAGACCCCUCACCAGAAGUGAAGCGAUCAGCCACUUGAAGACGUGCAAUUGCGCUGUGAAUCACAAAAAGCUGUGUUUAAUAAGUAAAUAUAUAAAAUGCACACACUGCGCCAGAGCAUCAGUGAAUGGCGCUGCUCUGUUUACACACACUCAUGGCUAUAUUUAGCCUUCAAGUGUUAUGCAAUAUUUGAGCGCUACUCACGAACAGCAUCUCAGAUGUAGAUGCUCAAUAGUUCGGUACACUUAUAAUGUGCAUUUGACCAGAAUUUGAAUAAGAAGUGAAUUAAAUUACUGUGAACUUGCUUACAAACAGACACAUACAGGACUUCCUGGAGAGUUUAGAAUGUCAAAAUAAAAGCGCGAGGGUUUAAAAAGUGCACGACUUAAAUAUAUUACUGUUGUAUUUAAAAGUCAAUAAUAAUAAUAAUAUUAAUAACUAUUAGUAUUGUCAUCAUUAGUAUUUGUUUAGAAUGUAUAACAAUAUUUAAAUUGAAUGGGUUCCAAUGGCGCCUUUCGCCCAAUGUUAGCUGGGAUAGGCUCCAGCCCCCCGCGACCCUGUACACAGGAUAAGCGGUUGACGAUGGAUGGAUGGAUGGAUGGAUGGAUGGGUUCCAAUGGGUGUGAAUGAAAAGUGGACUGAUGUCUUACAACUAAAUUAAACAAAAAAGAGAUCUGAAUCCUUUAAAGUCCAGAUACAAGUUGAAACAUUUAAAAAAGAAAAAUCUAAAAGAAAACACUGGUUUCUUUUUUACUGAAGACGACUGGAAUUACUGCUAAUUUUGCUGCUACAUUAUCCAGUAUACUAGUUAAUAAUAAAGUGUUUCUUAAUAAGCUAUACAUUUAUAUUGAUCUAAUGUGUAAUUAGAGGUUUAUGUUUUUUUUUUUACAUAUUAAAGAGCACACCCAAUUAGUUCCACACAAUAUUGUAAAUAUAUUCUAAACUGAUUAUGCAAAAAACAACAACACUGGUAUCGGAGCGGGAUCGGCAGAUACUGAGAUUUCCGGUAUCAGAAUCUGAAGAGAAAAAGUGGUAUCGGUGCAUCCCUACUAUAACUUAUGAAUUUUAAUAAAUUAUGAUUUUUCAUUCAGUAUCAAUUUUCAAAACUAACGGCUGAUUAAUUGGUUAUCAGCUUGUUGCAGGUAUCUGCAAAAUCCUGUAUCGGUCGACCUCUACUGGAUAUCUCUGUAUUUUGCUGCAUUCAGCUUUCCUUCAACUCUGACCAGUCCCCCAGUCCCUGGUGCUGUAAAACACCCCCACAGCAUGAUGUUACAACCAGCAUGCUUCACCGUUGGGAUGGUAUUGCGCAGGUGAUGAGCGGUGUCUGUUUUCCUCCAGAGAUGAGGCUUGGAACAGACCAGAGCAUCUUGUUUCUCACAGUCUGGGAGUCCUUUAGGUGUUUUCUUGCUAAAUACAAGAGGGCUUUCAUGUGUCUUGCACUAAGGAAAGGCUUCUGUCUGGCCAUAAAGCCCAGAUCAGUGGAGUGUUGCAGUGAUGGUUGUCCUUCUGCAAGUUUCUCCCAUCUCCACACAUGACCUCUGGAGCUCAACCAGAGAGACCAUCGGGUUCUUGGUCACCUCUCUUACCAAGGCCCUUCUCCCCCGAUUGCUCAUAAUUGACCCUCAUUAUUAACAGGUGAACAUAAUGAUGUGUUUGGUUGCAACAAAAUUACUUAAAUUGAUGUGUUGCCUAUUGAUGUGUGCCUGAUGAUCAUUCUGAUUGAAAAAUUGCUGUGAUUUUUAAGUUAUUAAAAGGGAAUAAUUAAACAGUAGGCUAUGCAGAUCCAGUUCAGUUUAUUUUAAACCUUCAAUGCAGCCAAAAAUGUAUUGUAGCCUUCCCCAGAUCUGUGUCUCAACACAAUCCUGUCUCUGAGAUCUGCAGGCAGUUUCUUUGAACUCAUGGCUUGGUUUUUGCUCUGAUAUGAAUUUCAGCUGUGAGACCUUAUAUAGACAGGUCCCUCAACACCAGCUCCAUAGCCAAGAAUGUCCAGCAGCAUCUUUACUUUCUGCAAAGGCUGAGAAAAGCCCAUCUCCCACCCGUCACCACAUUCUAUAGAGGGACUAUCAAGAGCACCUUGAGCAGCUGCAUUAUUACCUGGUCUGGGAAUUGCACCUGGUCUGGGAAUUGCAGGGCAAAACCCUGCAGCAGAUAGUGAGUAGAGCUGAGAUGAUCAUCCGCAUCUCUCUUCCCUCCAUCACAGAAAUGUACACCACACGCUGCAUCCACAAAGCCACAAGCAUUGUGGAUGUCCCCACGCACCCCUCACACAAACUCUUCACCCUCCUGCCAUCUGGCAAAAGGUACCAAAGCAUUCGGAUCAAAAGACUAGACCAACACAAUCCACAUACAUGCACGCAUGCACACACAUACGCACACACACACACAUUAAUUCUCAAUGGAACACCAUUCCACUCCAUUUGCAAAUUUGCAAUUCCACUCCCUUUGCAAAUUUGCAAUUCCACUCCCUUUGCAAUUUUUGCACAUUUCUUUCUUAAAUUCUGUUAAAACACCAUAAACAAAUACUGUAUUGACCAUCUGCAUUUUGUUUGCUGCAAGUAGUUUGUUAUGUUUACAUUUUACAGUAUUUAUUAUUAUAUUUUAGUAUAAUUUAUUCCACAGCAGAACUGUGUACUAUUGUCCUGUUUUAGUAAUUAUUGUACUGUCACAUGUGAGCUGUUUCACAUGUGCACUUUAUGUAGUCCUGUGUAGUCUCAUAUAGUUUUUUGACCUGGAGGAAUGUGGUUUAAUUUUUCUGCGUACUGUACCUGCUAUAAAUGGUUGAAAUGACAAUAAAGCUACUUGACUUGUGUACCUUUCCAAAUUUUGUCCAAUCAAUUGAAUUUGCCACAGGUGGACGCGAAUCAAAGUGUAGAAACAUCUCAAAGAUGAUCCAGAGAAAUGGGAUGCACCUGAGCAAAAUUUAAAGUGUAAUAGCAAAGGGUCUGAAUACUUAUGUCAAUGUGAUAUAUCAGUUUUUAUUUUUAAUAAAUCUGCAAAGUUAUCAAAAAUCUGGUUUUUGCU